AUGACCUCUCAGGAUGAACGGCCUGUGAAGAGACGUGAGUCUCGAUCGGGGACGAGAAAAGUCUCGACCCUGUCAGUGGAACAACUAGAGCGAAAGCGUGCCAACGAUCGAGAGGCUCAGCGGUCCAUUCGUCAACGCACUAAGGAGCAUAUAGAACAACUUGAAGCUCAGGUCGCCACCCUCCAGUCACAGAUUGCGGAGAUCCGGUCUCAAAACGAGCGGUUCGAUGAAGUCAUGCAACAAAAUGCCUUUCUGGAGAAUGAAGUGAUCCGGUUGAAGCAUCAAGUUGCUUCUUUGACUGAGCGACCGGAGUUUGCAUCGAAUAACGAACCGAUGGCUCCGCUUCGAAGUGGAUGGUCUUUGGAAGAAGCCUCGAAUAGUGUAUUACCGGGCAGCCCAACAACAGUGUCAUUGCUACCAUCACACUUCACUGCACCAUCCCACACCCAAAGACCCUCGGGCCUUUCAGCACCGCGUCGAGCGUCUCAUCAGCAUGACUGGCAGAACCCAUAUUUGUCCACAAGAUCGCCGUCGCUCGGCGCAACCUCCAACCCGGAAUUUCCUCAUCAUAUGGAGCCAUAUCCCAUAGAUGGUCAAAUGCGUCAAGGAUCAAUCUGCCCACCCCAGCAACAAACCAGAUCCUCUUUCUCCCAAUUCACUUACAACAGCCGGUCGCUUUCUAUGUCGAGUGCCAGUCCUAUUCCUCAGCCAGCGCCUGCCCCAGUCUACCAAGCCUCCACAUCAACAUAUCCUCAACCAAUGCCUCAAUCGCAACAAGCGGAUCCGACAUACGAGUAUCCAUGGGUGCCUCCAUCAUGA